AUGAACGGAUUUGCUGCAGUUCUCGUUUUGCUGGGAGUCUUUUGGACUCAGAGUUCUGCACUGGACACCUUUGUCCUGCAUGAACCUGGCAAUGACUAUGUUACUGGAACUAUGACUAUCGACAGUGAGAAGCACAUUGUUGAAGUCCAUGUCAAUGCUGGCGUGUACUCCUCUGAUAGCAUUUUUGACUACUCACGUGGGUAUAUUGCAACAAGGUUACUGUCACGACAUGCCUGCUUUAUCAUGAAAAUAAAAGUUGCAAUGAAACUAAAGCUACGUUACUGAUGAUGUCUCAUAUUGUCUUCUUAGGCUAUGAGGACAGUAUACUCCCCACAAAAUGUGUGGGUGCAGUUUCAGUCUGGCCAUUCCGUGUUGGGGAAAAUCACAGACUGGCUUCGCUAUGGUCGCCAAAUUGAACACCUCUGCUCAGGUCUGCCUCUCUACGAGCUUACAAAGAUUGAAUCACGACCGGAUCCUAAUGCCUGUGCCAAUGGAGGAAUUCCAAGCAUUUUGGGCAUUAAAAUCUGUGAAAAUGUCAAUUAGUCUGGAUCUUGA